AUGCGACAGCAGCAAUAUCAGCAGCCAGCCAACGCUGGCACAGCACCCAUUGACAGCAGCAUCGCCGGAAACACCGCGCUGCUGCGCCGUGUCGCAUGCGCCAAGACCUCCAUUGAGGCACUGGACAUGCUGCUGCAGCAGCAUUCGCAGCCCUUCGAUGGUGUCGAGGCCGCCGAUGCGGAGCUUGUUCUGUCUCUGGCCCUCGAAAAAAGCAAUGUGGAUCUCGCCCUCGCGAUCUAUGCCGACAUGUGCGCGUCGCGCCGCAGCGCGCAGCGCGGCCGCCCCGGCGCGGCGGGCCCGCAGUGGCCCGCGGCCUCGCUGGCGACGACGGUGGCGCUGAUCCUGGGUCUUUGCCGGCAGCUGCGGGUGGUGGAGGCGCUGGCGGUGAUGCAGGGCAUGCGGACGCAGGGCAUGCCGCGGAAUGAGGAGGUGUCGUUCGGCUUCGUGGUGCCGUCGCCGCUGCCUCCGAACCGGCCGCUGGCGGUGGUGCAGCCGCAGGAGGGCGCGAAGGUCGUGGCCGACUCUGAGUCCCGCUACGAGUUUGAGCUGUUCUCGGGAACAGUCACCAGCUGCAGCUCGGAGGCGCAGCAACCAGCCAGCAACUGGGCCCUCGCAGCUGCGCGCGCGGUCGGCUUGUGGAAGGCGCCGCCGAUUGCCGCGGUCCACACGUGGGUCGUACGGGCGCCCGACGGCGCGAGCCGCACGUUCCGGGCGGCGACGGCGACCGCCGACGUGCCGGCGCAGGUGGGCGAGCGCGUGACGGUCGUGUCUGCGCCCGAGCGCGGCCGCAGCAAGCAGCGGCGGCUGCUGCUCAGCACGGCGGCUCCAGGCAUGCGGCCAGGCGAGCCGAUGAGUGUCGUCAACCACAAAACGUCCGCCGUGCAGCGGCUCGGCCGGCCGCUGGCAGCCGGCGCGACCGGCGGCCUGCCCAGCUGGGUGCUGCCCGCGGCCGUGGUCCUCGCUGGCAGCGACGCGGCGUCCGCGCUGCUUGACCCCGCGCUGCCGGCGCUCAUCGCGGCCGGCGCCGCGGCGGCGGCGGGCAGCGCAGUCGCCAGCAGCUCGCUGCUGCUGCCGCGGCUGAAGCAGCUGCCGACCAAUGCGGUGAAGAUCGAGGGCAUGCGGCAGGCGCUGCUCGCGCAGCACGCGGCCCUCAGCCGCAAGGUGGAGGCCGCCCUCGGCGAGGCGUCGGAGGACGCGCGCGCGCUCGCGCGGCUGUGGCAGCUGCAGGUCAAGAUGGAGUCCGUGGGCGGCGGCGCCGCCGCGGGCGCGGCCGCGCCGGCUGCGGCCGCCCGCGGCAGCGUCGACUCCGGCGACGGCACCGGCAGCACCGCGCUCGCGAGCGCCGCGGGCGGCGGCCCGAACACGUACGCCGCGCGCAUCGGCCGCGUGGAGACGGCGCGGCGCGGCGUCGAGGAGCGGCUGGCGUCGCGGCUCGAGCUCCUCGACGGCUACGCGCGCGUGAUUGACAUGAUCGAGAUUGAGGUGGAGAUGGAGAUCGACGUGGCCGCCGCGGAGCUGACCGGCAUUGGCGAGCAGAUCGAGCGGCUGACCGAGCUGGAGGCGCUGCAGGAGGAGUGGCGCACGCAGGCCGAGGCGCAGGACGAGGUGCGGCCGCGCUGCUGGGGGCUGCGAACCCGCCCCAAGCUCACGCGUGUUGGGUGGACGUGGGCCGGGGGCUGGCUGCGCCGCGGUAGCAGAUACGCGUAG